CCUUGCGAGUUCUUCAAUUUUUCUCCCCCUAACCCGAUAAUGUCUCCUCCUCUGAUGAAAGUCAGGAAACUAUCUUCAUUCAUCGCUGGCAAGAGACCACGAGAAGAUGCUAAUGAUCCGUCGUCACCCUCACUUUAUUGGUUGCCCGACGAAAUCGUUUUGCAGUGCUUACUCCACGUCCCAAAAAGCUAUGACCUAAACCUAUCUUACGUUUCCAAAACCCUAAGGUCUCUUGUUCGCUCUCCUGAGCUCCACCGUUUGCGGUCUUUACUCCCUAGAAACUCCAUCUACCUCUCCUUCCAUGCUCUUCACAAGACCGACCAAUAUUGGUUCACUCUCCGUCCGAUUCAGAGAUCGAAACCGGAGAUUAAGUACCGAUUGAUCCCGGUUAACUUACCUUCUCAUCCUUUUAUGUACCAUUCUUCAGCUGUAGCGGUUGGCUCAAAGAUCUUCUUCGUUGGUGGAUCAUCCGAACCUUCUUCUGAUCUUUGGAUUCUUGAUACUCGUUCUGGAGAGUUAGCACAAGGACCAAGCAUGAAGGUGGCUCGAACUUGUCUCUCCCUUGUCGUCGGAGUGAUCAACGGGAAGAUAUACGUGAUCGGAGGGUGCCUAAACAAGAUCCAAGUCGAGGUUUAUGAUCCAAAAGCGCGAAGUUGGAAAGUCGGGGAGAGUCCUGACGAGAGGUUUCAACUCGGACUAAUGAAGCAGUUAAGUGCGUCACUUGAUUGGAACGUUUAUUCUGCUCAGACUGGGAAAAUCAAUGUGUACAAUGCGAGACAUGGUAGAAGAUUGGAGACAGUGAAGAUGCCAAGUGAUGUUGUCUGGUGCAUGUGUGUAGUCGCUGAUUUGCUUUAUGCUUACUAUUUUCGUGAUGGGUUGAUGUGGCUUGAUGCAAAGCGUAAGAUAUGGAAAAGAGUUGUUGGUGGUUGUUGUGAUGAUUUGAAGACACUUGGUGUUGAGUUUCAUGAAGCUGUAAUGGAGGAAUAUAAUGGAAAGCUGGCGAUUUUUUGGCCCGGUCCUUUGGUUGAGAGGAAGAUAAAGAUUAAGUGUGCGUUGAUCGCUUUGGAUUGGGUUGGUGAUGGAAUGCGUGGGAAGAUGGAGUGGUCUGGCACUGUAGCUAAAAUGCCACAUGACUAUUGUUUUCAUAAUUCUUUUGUUGUUUCUGGGUGAGGUCCAUUUAUUGUUUAGUGACUUCCCCGCUAUUUGUAAAAUAUGGUUUGUAUCCUGUAACAUGGCUACAUGAGCUCUGCCUGAGUUUU